AUGCGUACUGUCGUGUCUCUUCUUGGCUUGGCUGCUGCCGGCUACGCAUUGGAAAAGAGGGCAUCGGCAUCUGCUUAUAGCUCCAACUCCGCCGGGAACUACAAACUCAGCUCAAUCGCCGCACCAGUCCAAGGAGCAGGUGAUCCAGGCUCAAGCUCAACAUGGAAGCUCAGCAUCGACGACACGAGCUCUGGACACAAGCAAACCAUCGUGGGCUUUGGUGGAGCCGUGACCGACGCAACCGUCACAUCCUUCAACACCUUAUCCAGUUCAGAGCUCCAAGAUCUGCUCAAUGAUCUUAUGACCGACUCGGGUGCCAAUUUUGCGUUGAUGAGACACACCAUUGGUGCCUCGGAUCUAUCUGGCGACCCCGCCUACACAUACGAUGACAAUGGUGGCUCUCCAGACACAUCGUUGUCUGGAUUUAAUCUCGGGGAUCGAGGAACGGCCAUGGCGAACAUGUUGGCCUCGAUGAAGUCGCUGCAGUCGGACUUGAAGAUCUUUGGAUCUCCUUGGAGUGCGCCUGGAUGGAUGAAGAUGAACGGCGUCAUCGAUGGGAAUACCACGGACAACAACUUAGACGAUGGCUACUUGAACGGGGGAACUGCAAACUCUGGGUAUGCGAGUGCAUUUGCGGACUAUUUUGUCAAGUACAUCCAGGCAUACCAGGAUCUUGGCGUGUCUAUCGACGCCAUCACUAUCCAAAAUGAGCCCUUGAAUAGCCAGUCUGGAUAUCCCACGAUGUAUGUCUACGCAGAGGAAUCUGCAGAGCUAAUCCAGAACUACGUUGGCCCUGCCCUUGCUGAUGCCGGACUGGACACGACCAUCUGGGCCUACGAUCACAACACAGAUGUCCCCAGUUACCCUCAAACCGUCAUUGACGACGCUGGCAAGUACGUGGACUCGGUCGCCUGGCACUGCUACGCGACCAAUGUAGACUGGACAGUCCUCAGCACAUUCCACAACAGCAACCCCAGCAUUGACCAAUACAUGACCGAAUGCUGGACGCCAUCUAGCGGAUCCUGGAACCAGGCAGCCGACUUUACGAUGGGACCUUUACAGAACUGGGCUUCUGGCGUGACAGCCUGGACACUCGGCACCAAUUCUGACGAUGGGCCACACCUGUCCAGCGGCGGAUGUGAUACGUGUACUGGGCUGGUGACCAUCAACACUGAUGGAAGCUAUACCUUUGAGACGGCUUACUAUAUGAUUGCCCAGUUCAGCAAGUUCAUUCCUACUGGCGCUAUUGUGCUUAAUGGGACAGGGAGCUACACGUACUCGAGUGGCGGAGGCGUGCAGUCUGUAGCUUCCUUGAAUCCCGAUGGAACUCGCUCCGUGGUUAUUGAGAACCUAUUCGAUAAUGAUAUCUACGUGACUCUUACUACGGAGAGCGGGGAGGAGUGGUCGGGUGAUAUCCCGAGUGAAUCGGUGACGACUUGGGUCCUUCCGGCCUCGUCUUAG